AUGCUCGUCAAAGUCAAGCUUCUCACCGGCACGCAAACGGAGAUCGACAUCGACCCGACCGACACCAUCUGGCGCAUCAAGCAGCGCGUCGAGGAGAAGGCGGGCAUCGACCCCAAGCAGCAGCGUCUGAUCUUCGGCGGCCGUCAGCUCGCAGACGACAGGCCCGCCAACGACUACAACAUCGAGGGUGGAAGCGUGCUUCAUCUCGUCAUCGCCCUUCGCGGCGGAUCCGUCUCCUAG